UCUGGAAUUUCCUUCUGCCACUCCUGCUGUAAAAACCAUUUCAAGCUGCCUGGCAGCCUCAGUAACUCCGAUUCGUUUCCGCUCGCUGCAAGUCGCAAGAUGUGAGGCUCUGGGCUGCUGCUACUGCAACAAUAGAAUCCCAGUCCCAAGUGCAGAUCCAGCAGCUCUGCUCCAGGGGGAGGAACCGACAUCCUGUUCGGAUUCAAUACAAGGCCACCUCCUGCGACAGUCGGAGAAGUUAAUAGUGGACGAGCAUUGGCGGAGUCUGGAGUUAUUCUUCUUAUUCUCAUAACCUCGUGGAUGGGAAAGUAACGGAUCGACUUUGGAGCAGCGCUUGCGCUUUUUCUAAAGCUGAGAUGCGCGGGGACUUGGCGGUGGCUGCCUCUGGGGGAGUCUGAAACUUUUCCACUUCUAGGAGAUCUGGUUGGAGGGGGGGGGGGUGCGUCUGUCUGGGAUGCAGAUUGUGCAAUCGGCGUCUGUGGAUCGGAUGGGGAUGAGGAGAAGAGGAAAGCAGGAGGAGAUGCUGGAGGGAUGUGCGGCCAAAUGGACUUUCAUGCCUGAUCUCUUCAGCAAAAUGACACGAGGGCUGCACAUCAACUUUGUGCUACUUUUGCUUCUUUGUGUCAUGAACUAUGGAAGUGCUCAGGAACUCAGUCCUAGAGGAAGGAAUGUCUGCAAGGCACCAGGCAGCUCAACGGGGUUUGUGUGCUGCCAAGGAUGGAAACAACAAGGUGAAGAAUGUUUAAUAGCUAUAUGCGAAGGCAACUUUACAUGUAAGGAGAAUGAAGUCUGCGUAAGGCCCAAUGAAUGCCGUUGUCGCCAUGGAUAUUUUGGUGCAAACUGUGAAACAAAAUGUCCUAGGCAGUUUUGGGGUCCAGACUGUAAAGAAAAAUGUUCCUGUUAUCCUAAUGGCCAUUGUGAUGAUGUUGUUGGGCAAUGUACAUGUAAUCCAAAUCGCUGGGGUCCCAACUGUGACACCCCCUGUCUGUGUAAACAUGGAAGAUGUGACCAAGAGACAGGGAAAUGUACCUGUGAGCCCAGUUGGUGGGGUCCUCAGUGUUCAAGUGCUUGUUACUGCAGUACCAACUCACAAUGUGACCAGGCAACUGGAAGAUGUAUCUGUCAACCUGGAUGGUGGGCCCGGAGCUGUAAUAACCAGUGUUCUUGCAACAAUUCUCCAUGUGAACAACUGACUGGCCGUUGCCUAUGCCGGGAGCGAUUGUGGGGCCCACGAUGUGAAAGAGUUUGCCAGUGUGCCAAGGGCAAAUGCAACCAAGCUGAUGGAACUUGCACAUGUGACCCAGGGUAUAGGGGGAAAUUUUGUCGUGAACCUUGCCCUGCAGGACUUUAUGGACAAGGCUGCAGAAAAAGAUGUGGUCAGUGCAAAGGACAGCAGCCUUGUACUAUUGCUGAUGGAAGGUGUAUUGCAUGUGAGGCUGGCUGGAAUGGAACUAAAUGUGACCAAGUCUGCUCUGAAGGCUUCUAUGGCGAGGCUUGUGAAAAAGUGUGCCCACCGUGCAAAGAUGGGCACACUUGCAACCACAUUACCGGAAAAUGUUCUCACUGCAAUCCUGGCUGGAUCGGUGAUCGGUGUGAAACAAAAUGUCGCAAUGGAACAUACGGAGAGAAUUGUGCCUUUGUCUGUAGUGACUGCUUCAAUGGGGAGUGUCAUUUUGAGACUGGGAAAUGUCUAUGCAGUGCAGGCUCUUAUGGACCAUACUGCAACAUGACAUGUCCGCCAGGGCAGUUUGGUGUUAAUUGUGACCAGUAUUGUAACUGCCAUGAUGAUAAAUGUGACCCAGUUACCGGAACCUGUCACAUGGAAGCCAAUCAACGCAUGGGAGUUAUUGGAGCUGGAAUACUGGUCACUUUUCUGCUAAUUCUUCUCCUGUUAUUAUUGUGUUGCUGCUGUGUCUGCCGCAAAAAAGAAGCAUCUACAGAUGCGAAUCAAGUGCAGGUCACAAGUAAGAAAAAAACACGUCGAUUUUGUGGUCGGUUUAGCAGAAUCAGCAUGAAACUGCCUCGAAUUCCAUUACGAAGACAAAAAUUACCAAAAGUUGUGGUAGCCCACCAUGACGUUGAGAACACAUUUAACUGCAGCUUCAUUAAACCUCCAUCUGUUGUAGAGCAGCCAUCACCUUCAUGGUCUUCACGGGGUUCAUUUUCCUCCUUUGAUACAACUGAUGAUGGGCCUGUUUAUUGUGUACCUCAUGAAGAAUCUGUGACUGAUUGUAAAGAAAAGGGAAAUUCCAGUGUAACUGAGAAGUUGCCCACUGAAAUGAAUGAGGAAGAAGCUGGAGAAUAUACUUAUCUAAAGGAUGGAUCCCCUAAAUCUUUCCAGGCUGACAGUAGUGAAAUUCCGCUGCUCAAAUCAUCAGAUAGUGAAAGAUCCUCAUGUGGCUCUGGAUCUACUGGAGGGGCAUUGUAUGCUAGAGUUGCAAGAUUAUCAAAGCAGUCUAAAGAUGAGGAGGAUAUAUCAAUGGAACAUAAGAGUUCAACUAUGAGAGGUAAGCCUCCAUCACCAGAGAGAACAAAACCACCUCCCCCUGAUCCAUCUACAAAGCCCAAGGUUUCCUGGAUUCAUGGAAAAUAUAUUUCUAAUCAGUCUAAUUCAUUGCCAGCCUUUAAUAAGUCUCCUGAUAAGACAGUUAACCAGAGUGAUCAAUCAGAGCAGAAUACAGGUCUUAAAGAUACACAGAGAAAGAGAACACCAAGUGAUACAGGUCAUAGUAAAAAUGAAGUUGUUAUGAGAAAUAAGGACAAAAGUCAAAAGAGCAUAAGCAACAUAGACACAAGACCAUCGGAAGAACCCCAGUCUCCACCCAAAACUAAGCAUAAAAAUAAAAGGAAUCUGGACCCUAUUGAAAAUAUCAAUGGGACUGUUCAAAAUGCCCUUAAAAAGAUUGGGAGCCUACACAGUGAUAAAAAGACUACUGAAGUUAAAGAGGCUCCAAAAACUCCUGAUCACAGCAAAUCUCGUUCCGAGGUACUCCAUCCACAUAUUUCUUCUGAAGCAGUUUCAUUAUUGGCUGCUCAGUUAAAAGAAAAAACUCAAAGCCUCAACAGGGUUGAGACCAGCUCGAAUCAAAAUGGCUUUGGGCCAAUUAAAUCACAAAAAGAGAAACCAACACCUCCACAGAAAGCCAAGCGGUCUGUGGCUCCUAUAAACCAGAAGUCCAGCAAGCCAAAUCUGCCAACUACAACAAAUCUUCAAAAAAUUAUAAGUCCUGUUUCAGAAACUGUUCCCAAUGCAGCACAACCUGUUGAAAAACAAAACUCUAACAGUAGUCAAGAACAAACUGCAAGUGUAAAGCAAGAGACAGGUGAACCAGCAGUUAAAAAGACACCUAUAAAGAAGCCUCCUAGAAAGAAAAGCAAGGAUGCCACCUUGGACUGUGAUGGAAAAACACAACCCAAAAUGGCUAUAAUGCCACCACAGCCAGUAAAGUAAUAAAGGCAUAUUUGCACAUAAUGUUCACUCCAAAAGGGCAUUAAGAAAGAUUCUGAUGAUUUCUGCAAUAUACUUUAAAGUAUUUUGCUACAGCCACUUCUUGAGCAAAACAGAACUGAAAUUGCCCUUCUGACAUCCCUUCAUGACUGUAAGACAAGGGAAAAUGGAUCAGUGGUUAAUAAUUCAAAGUUCCUUCAGACUGAAGGGAGAACCAUUGUGUACUUGACAUACCUCUCCAGUAAAUCCUUUGGAACUUUCUAUAGUUGUGGUUUCAGUCUUUCCAUUUAUGAGGAGAUCUUAAAAAUGAUCUAAAAUAAGGACAUGUUGGAAUUCAACAAUGUAGUUGAUGAUGCUGAGCAAGCCCUAUAUAGAGAGGACAAAUGUUUGGUAAAACUGUUCAAAUGCUGAGACAAUAGAGAAACCAUGAUUUCUCAGUGUUUUAUUGACUUAAAACAGCUGUACUUUUGGACAUCAACAAAUGAUAAAUAAAUUCAGAAUUUACAACUUGUCAAUGGAAACAAUAUACUAAGUUAUUGUUCUACAAAUAACUGUUCAAAUCAUUUACUGAAAAGUAGAAAUUUGACAAAACCUUGAGAAGGAUCAUUUUGGAAUUGAAUAAAAAAAGACAAAAAUAAAAUAAAAUAAAGCAAUGAUAAAAUGUAAUGUACUGAUCUGCAACUGUAUCCUAAAGUCCAUAAGCAGUGCUUAUUUUAAUAUAAGACUUUGUUUGUCUAUUAAUCUGUUCUAGUUAUGCAUUGACCAAUAAGCAAGCUUUUUAAAAUAUGCAUUAUUAUAUCUUUUUUUUAAUCUGCAUGGGGUAUGGCAUUGUAUUUGUAAAAUUAGCCAGGAUGACAAAUGCCUCAACUUGUAUUUAGAGAAUGAACAUUGAGAAUUAGAAUAUGGCUAGGGACUUUGGUUUGGAUAUGUAAAUCAUUAUUUGAUACCAUCUGUCUGUAUCCUCAGUAAUUCAUUAGCUCUGUGGUGUGUAUUAAAUGAGUAGUUAAACUCCUGGCUACAGAUUUUAGGUAUCAUUGCCAUACUGCAGUGAUAUUCCCACAUAAGUAGGGUAUAUGCCACCAUUAGUAAUGGGUUUAAUAGGAAACUAUUGCAGUUAGAGAUCUCCAUGUAACAAAAUUCUUCAGGUCUCUAGGUAUAUUCCUAUCCUUAUUGAUAUGCUCUCACAGUAACAUUAAGGGGCACAUUUACUAUGCUCGAGUGAAGGAUUCGUAGUAAAAAAACUUCGAAUUUCAAAGUAUUUU